GACUUCAUUUUCAGUCUAUUUGAGACUGAACAACAUCCUGCUGGUUUAAUGGCAGAAGCUUUAGGGACGCCCGAUUAUCAAAAUGACUACAUUGAAGCGCGGGAUGAUAUCCCCCUGAAAGAAACUGGAAGCCAACAUGAUCAGAUUCUAGAUGACGAGAAAAAAGAGUAUCCAUCAACAAUAAGCCUCAUUCCCAUCAUCGUUGGAUUAUGCUUUCAGUCUUUUUGCAUUGCACUGGAUAAUACUAUCCUCGCAACUGCGGUGCCAAAAAUUACAGAGGAGUUCAACUCUUUAGAGGACUUAUCCUGGUAUGCGAGUGCCUAUCUCCUGACGACAUGUGCCAUCACACUUCCAUUUGGCAAGAUCUACACUUACUAUUCUACCAAAUGGACGUACAUUAUUGCCUUGGCAUUAUUCGAGAUCGGUUCCUUGAUAUGCGCAAUAACACCAACCUCGAAAGGCUUGAUACUAGGCAGGGCAAUUGCCGGGGUAGGGUCUGGUGGGCUUUCACCUGGUGCGUUGUUGGUUUUAGCCAAUAGUUUACCCCUACAUCGCCGGGCACUUUAUUUCGGGAUCAUCGGAAGCACCAGUGGAAUUGCAACUGUAACAGGACCCCUAUUAGGUGGUCUCUUGACUGAUAAAGUAAGCUGGAGGUGGUGCUUUUACAUCAAUCUUCCGCUUGGAGCUAUCACCGCUCUCUUUAUAACGAUAUUUUUCAAGGACUCGGUCAACCAGUCAAAAGACAAUCUUGGGAGGUUGGAAAAGCUUAAAAGAAUGGAUCCACUUGGAAUUCUAGCUUUCCUCCCUGCUAUCAUUUCAAUCUUGCUAUCUCUCCAAUGGGGAGGCACAAAGUAUGAAUGGGGAAGCCCACGUAUCAUUGCGCUCUUUGUUUUGUUCGGAGUGUUUGGAUUUGUUUGGUGCGGGAUACAGAUUUGGAAGGAAGAAGAAGCUACCGUACCACCACGUCUCCUAAAAAACCGGAAUGUUCUUGGAGCUGUAAUACACGCAAUGUUUUUGGGAGGAUCAUUCUUUGUGUUCGGUUACUACCUCCCGAUCUGGUUUCAAGCCAUCCAGAAAGAUAAUGCUUCGCAAUCUGGAAUCAAUAGCCUACCCAUGGUAGUGUCGAUGAUUGUUUGCUCUGCAUUAGGAGGACUCUUAGUGAAUCUCCUGGGAUACUACACUCCACUUAUGUUUCUUGGAAGUGCUCUCCUCACAAUUGGCACUGGACUUUUUACAACAUUUCAAGUCCAUACCAAUCAUGCUAAAUGGAUAGGAUACCAAGUCAUUAUCGGGAUUGGAGCUGGAGUCGGUUUCCAGCAAUGUAUCAAUGCUCUUCAGACCGUCUUGCCGCUGCAUGAUAUACCAAUCGGGAUCGCUAUUAUCACAUUUUCGCAGAGCCUAAGUGGAGCAUUAUUCAUAUCUAUUGCCCAGAACGUUUUUCAAAACCGCUUGAUUGCAAGCAUAACUGAGAAUGCCCCAAUGGUGGACCCCAAAGCCCUAAUUGAGGCAGGUGCAGCGAACCUGGCCAUGCGAUUCCCUGAGAAGUUUCUACCUUCUGUUCUUUAUGCCUAUAAUAUUGCAGUCACCGAGACAUUCUACGUCUCGGUCGCAACUGCUGCUCUCUCUUUGGUUGGCGCAAGUCUAGUGGAAUGGCGUUCCAUGAGGAAACCACAGAAAGAGCUAGCGAGUGAUGACAACUAA